AUGACAACAUUGAUAAUUGUACUUUGGCGUCACCGUUUGAAUUUUCAUGGCUAUUGCAAACAAACUACAGAUCCAAGUUUCAGAGUAGUUGUUGUUGGGCCAGAAAACUCGAUUAGUGAUGAUACGUGUGUUGAUGUCCACUAUCAAAUUCAGCCAGCAUUUGGUUCACGUAAUCAUUGCCAUGCGCUAUUGAUAGAAAAAGUUCGGGAACUUGUCUCGAAUUACGGGUUAACUAGACGAAUCAUUGUUACUUUCGAAGCCGAGCUGCAAUAUUUGAUGGCUAAAAUUAGGUUUGAGUCCGGUAUUGAAGGACUUCUACCCGAUCAUGUGGAACAAGUUGUGCAUAUGAAAGAAAUGAAACUUAUUGCUAGAAGAAAUGGUCUUAUGACUUUGAGGCAUGUUGAUUUCGUUUUUCUAUUUACGAACUCUAUUUCCCUUUUUCAAAUUAAGCAAACGAUAAUUCCUUUAAAAGCUGAGCCAUCAUUGUGGUUGAGACGUAUUGUCACCCAACUUGACGGAUUUCCCGUAUUUAUACGAUCAUGUGAAGCGAAACAUGGACGCAAAAUAACACGUUACUCAAUUCAUGACUGUGAUGAAAUGCAGUAUUGGAUUAAGAAUAAACUGGAAGUAGAAAAUAAACAUGACAGGGAAUUUAUUGUAGAAGAAUGUCUACGAAACGGUUAUGAGUUUGUAUCUUUAUAUUCCAAUUCUGGUUUUAUCUGCACUAUAGCAAGAUUGGGUGCAGAGGGAACAUUAUUUGAAAGUAUUCGGGAUCAAAAACCAUAUGCCUACGAAUACCUUACAGUGGAUCAAACACGAGAUAUUUUACCAGGAGUUGAAUCGUUUGUCCUGCGAACUGCAAAGUCACUUCCUGUAAUACCGAACUCAUCUUUCGUGUUCAUUAAAGGAUUUUAUAAGAAUCAUAACAACAUUUAUUUACUUGGAACCUACCUGCAACCAUUGUGUGAUUCUCAUCGACGGUUAAUUGAAGCAGCUAACCAUGGGGUAGGCUGGGAAAUCCUUCUCUUGAACUGCAUGGAGGAAGUAUUGGAAAUAGCUAACCGACCAUAUGACAUGCAAAAAUCAACCGAAAAUCAUCAUGUACUGGUGAAUUUUCCGAGCAUAGAAGGCGUUUUGCUACAUCAGACGAAUAUAACAAAACGGAGUUCAAGUAUGCGCGUAAUUUGGAAAGCUUGCGAAGGUCAAGAAUUGACCAAUUGUACAUCCUCCGAUGAUAAUAUCUUGCAGGUAUUUCUCUCGAAUCCGAAUAGAGCGGAAGUGAUCGCCGAUGCUCGAGACCUGAUAGAAAACACCUACAUAGCUGUUGACCGUUCGGUUGAUAAACAAAACUUUUGUAAUGAAAUACGAGCAAAGGGCUGCAGUCAUUUCAUUCGAGGCAUGACAACUUGUGACUAA